UUUUUGCUGUGACUUCUUGUCGCUUUCUUUUCUCCUCUUUCCCUUCCCCUUAUCCGCUCCAUCCCGUUAAUUUGUUUACACCACCGCCAACAUGGGUCAGCACUCGGCAGUUUGGCAAGGAUAUGUUGAUUCCAGUCUGAUGGGCUCCGGCCAGUUUGACAAGGCCGCCAUCCUGAGCUACGACUUCUCCGACGUCGAGGCCCAGUCCCCUAAAUUCCAGAUCUCGAAGGAGGAAAUCGCUGGUCUGAAGGCUGCUUUCGACAAGCCCGGCAGUGCUUUCGCAACCGGUUUUGUGGUCGGAGGAGACAAGUUCGUCGCCAUCAGGGCUGAUGACCGCAGUCUCUACGGCAAGAAGGGCAAGGAGGGUAUCGUCGUCGUCAAGGCCGUCUCUUGCGUCAUGCUCGCCCACCACGGCGAGGCCGUCCAGACCACCAACGCCGCAACCGUUGUCGAGAACCUCGUCGACUACAUCAACAACCCCCGGUAGACGAUAGAGGAG